AUUCAAACGGCGGAGCGCGGGGGUCGCGCGGCAGCGGUUGUGCGGCUCCCUCCUCCCUAUAAAUCGUCCGCGGCCAUGAGCAGCCGCCUGGUUCCGCAGCUCCCGGCCACCCGCAGAGCCGAGCCGACCUAUCGAGAACAGAGAAGACAAAAGGUUGAAGAAUACUUGUUGAGAAAAAAGUCCAUUUCUGGGUUGCUCAUUCCAGAGAAGCAGACAAAUACCAGUAACAGAAUUGGGAAAGCAGCUAGCGAUAAACCGCAGGACAAAAUAAAAGUCUUAAAAUCUGCAAAGCAGAAAAUGGAAGAUAAAGAAAAUGCUAAUAGACCACCAUGGAAUCAGCCAAGCAACACUCUGGAAAUUACUGCUGCUUCAAAGAGCAAAACCUUAAAAACUACCACUAUAUUGAGAAACUCAACUGUGGGAACAAAUUGCAGUCCUGAAGAUCUUAAUUUAGCAAUUCAUGCUUCCAAAGAUGAAGCUGUUGAAAUAAAAACCUAUCGUGUGUCUUUUAGCCAGUCCUUCCUGCACAAAAGAAACAUCAAAGAGAAGCAACUGAUUGCAGAGAAGCAGAACACUAAUGCCAGCCUGCCAAAGAAACAUGUGCCUGGCUCAUAUUGUGGCAAGAUUAUCUCAUCAAAGAUAAACUCUUUCCGAAAUACACUAGAAAAUGAAGAUGCAAAGAGUUCUUUGGCAAACAAGAAACCUAUCAUUCCUGCCACCAAACCAGCAGUGAGACCACCAUCCACCACCAGCAACAAUGCAGUCAGGAAUAAUAUUAGAGCCUCAAAUUUGGCUAGUGCUGCUAAACCUGUACAUGCCACCUCCUUCCAGAAGAAACCUAUGAGUGCUUCUCAUGGCACCCACUCAAAGUCCAUCCAGAGCAAGGAGAAACAAAUAGUAACAAAUGUAUCAAUAAAUAAUAUGACUGUCCAGAGACAGCCUGAUAGAAGUGGACCACCACCAUCAUUAAAGACAGCUCUUCGUGAUGCUAAACUCACCUCUGUGCCUAGGGCAAAGAGAACUGAGGUUCCAUUGAGGGAUGUCAAAUCAGGAACUUCUGCAAAGUCUGUUUCUGUAACCUGUGUUACCAAGGCCACCCAGGAUUCAAAGGCUGGCAACAGAAAACAUGUUCUGCCAAAAGAGUCAGCAGAUGAGCGAAGAAUUCGUCUGGCUGAAUGGAAGGCAGACAAAGGAAAAGUGAUUAAGAGGCCCCAAUGUACUGUGCUACAAGUAGCCCAACCUGAGACACAGACAUCACAAACUGAAAAAGAACCAGUUAAGUCUUUUUGGGCUACCAUAGCAGAAGAAGAUGAGCAAGGAUUAUUCAGUGAAAAUGUCAACAAAACUCUUGCAGAAUGUCUACAUUUAACAGAACAGGGUUAUCCUGGGGAUGAAGUACGUGCCAUGCUGGAAAAAUUGAUUCAGAGAGUUCCAGAUGCAAAAAAACUUGCGAAAUAUUGGGUGUGUUGCAUGCGUCUGGAACAGAAGGGCCCAAUUGAAAAGAUCAUUGCGGUUUAUGAAGAGGCAGUUCUGGCAGGAGCACAGCCAAAGGAUGAGUUACGACACACAGUAGCAGAUAUUAUGAAGAAUAAUGAAAAUCUUCCAAAGAAUAAUGAAAAUCUUGAGGAAUGUGUGAAGGAAGAGGUGGUCGGCAAAGAAGCUAACUCUUCUCUCCAGAACGUAGAGGCAGUCUUCAAAGAGCUGAACUUGAAUGAAGAGAAGGCAGAUAUUAGCAAUGAAGUGCUCAAAAAAGAGGAAACAGAUUCAUCCAUGAAGCCAAGACAAGAGACCUUACUUAAAGAAGAUAAAAAGCACAGAACUAAAGAACAAAGAAAGCAGUCUGCAAACUGCAAAACUGAAGAUACAAAAAAAGAGGCAACAUUACAAUUUAAGACCCCUGACAAAGAAAAAGAGGGAUCUUAUUUAAUUAAAUACAAUUUGUCAACCACUCCAUAUUUAGAAAGUGUGAAGAAGAUGAUGCAGUGUGAGGCAAAUGACUCUGCUGUUAAAGAUAUAAAAUUCUUAACCCCAGUAAGGCGUUCUCGUCGCCUUCAAGAGAAGUUGUGCAAGCUACCAAAUAUGUUAAAGGAUCAUGAUCCCUGUGUUUCUUCACUUGAACAGCUGGGGGAACUCGGAGCUGUAACCAAUGCUUUUAUCUACAGACGGAACAGUGCACUA